AUGAAGCAUAUCGCGCCAGCUGACAACUACACACGCAUUUCUGCUCUCGAUUCCACAAUUGUUGAUGUUCAGCACAAAUUUGAUCCAGACGAGGGAAUUUGGAUUGCAGAUCUCAACAAAGUUCGCUAUUCCACACAACUUUGGGAAUCCUAUCUUCCACGCGUUAAAGCUCAUUACGCUGUUAAGUGCUGUGAUGAGCCAAACAUCCUCCGUUUCCUUGCUGACCGCGGUUUUGGAUUCGAUUGCGCUUCCAAGAAGGAAUUACAGAUGAUCACAGAGCUCGGUGUCGAUGCUAACAGAAUUGUCUUCUCACAUCCACUCAAGAAUCACGAAGCUCUUGUUUACGCAAAGGAACUCGGUGUUGACAGAAUGGCUUUCGACACAGAAGAGGAACUUCGUAAGAUCCUGAGAUACUACCCAGAAGCCGAAGUUUUCCUCCGUGUAAAGCCUAAAUUUACAAACGCUAAGAUCCCAUUAUCCAAGAAAUUCGGUGCUGCACCAGAAGAUGUUCCAAAUCUUCUCCAGCUUGCACACGAACUUGGUGCUAACUUCAUUGGCUUCUCAUUCCACGUCGGAUCCCUUUGUGAUGACAUCAAUACAUUCAGAACAGCUCUCCAAUACGUUUCUGAGCUCAAGGUCAAGGCUGAAGAGCUCGGUCUCAAUGUCUGCUUCAUCGAUAUCGGUGGUGGCUUCCUUCCACCAAAUGCUCCAUGCAACAACUCCUUCAAGGAAAUUACAGAGACAAUCAAUGCCGCCAUCGAUGAGUUCUUCGGCGAAAACGAGAUCGAAUUCAUCGGUGAACCAGGCAGAUUCUUCGCUUCCGAGUACAUGGAUCUCAUCCUUCCAGUUAUUGGCGCUAAGGUUCAUGUUGACGGCCACGGCGAGAAGACACAAAGCAUCUACAUCCCAGAUGGCAUCUACGGUGCUUUCAAUGCCCUCAUUUACGACCACGCCGAACCACAUUUCGAGAUUCACACAGAAGGUGAGAGCGAAAAGCUUCCAACUACAAUCUGGGGCCAAACGUGCGACUCAGCAGAUAUCGUCUACGAGGACAUGAUGUGGCCAGAACUCGAAGUCGGCGAUUUGCUCAUUAUCAGAAGAUUCUCUGCUUACACAUAUUCUCCAACAGCCUUCUUCAAUGGCUUCCACCACCAUCCAGUUGUCGUCUUGAACGCCAACGAGGAGGAUAUUUAA